GUCCAGGCCGCCCCAAACGACGACAAAAUGCCCCCCAAGUCUAAGCCUGGAAGCGGAAAGAAGCCUGCUGCUGCGCCUUUUGGCACCAGCAAGACUACCAAGACCAAGAAGAACCCCCUCUUUGAGGCUUCUCCCAAGAAUUUUGGCAUUGGCCAGGAUAUCCAACCCAGGGGUGACCUUACCCGUUUCGUCAGGUGGCCCGAAUACGUCCGCCUUCAACGCCAGAAGGUCAUCUUGAACCAGCGUCUCAAGGUUCCCCCUGCCAUCGCCCAGUUCAACCAUACCCUGGACAAGAACACCGCCACCCAGCUCUUCAAGCUCUUCAACAAGUACCGCCCCGAGUCCAAGCAGGAGAAGAAGGCGCGUCUCCAGGCCGCUGCCGCUGCCACCGCUGAGGGCAAGGAGGUCAAGGACACCAAGAAGCCUCUCUUCGUCAAGUACGGUCUUAACCACGUCGUUGCUUUGGUCGAGGCCAAGAAGGCGUCUCUUGUCGCCAUCGCUCACGAUGUUGACCCCAUCGAGCUCGUUAUCUACCUCCCUGCUCUCUGCCGCAAGAUGGGUGUCCCCUACGUGAUCGUCAAGGGCAAGGCUCGUCUCGGCACUGUCGUCCACAAGAAGACUGCUGCCGUUGUUGCCAUCCAGGACGUCAGGAGCGAGGACCAGCGUGAACUCGCCACCCUCGUCAGCGCCGCCAAGGCUAACUUCUCUGACAAGUACGAGGAACAGCGCAAGCAAUGGGGUGGAGGUAUCCGUGGUACCAAGUCUACCCAGAUGCUCCGCAAGCGUGCCAAGGCUGCUGGUCAAUCCACCACUGCUGCUCACCUCGGCAGGCUCUAAAAUUUCUCAACCCACUCAACCCUGUAUCAUAUCCGCUGUUACGAUGUCUCGCUUAUGCAGUGCGCCUGCGGCAUCUGUUGUACUUUUAGUGCUUUCGUGCUUUGUGAAAAUCUACUGUGUUUAUACCCGCA